AUGACUUGGGAGGAUUUUAAGACACCAUUUCUCAAACAUCAUAGCCCCAAGAUAGUAAUCAAUAAGAUAAAAGAAGAAUUCAUGCAAUUGAGGCAAAAGGGUGAAACCGUUGAUAAAAUUACGGGGACAUUUAUGGAUAAGCUCAAGUUUUGUGAUGAGUUGGUCAAAACCGAAGAACAGAAAAUCUAUUACUAUCAUACCAUGCUGAGGGCUGAAUAUAGGGAGUUUAUGACUCCCUCACAUUACCAAAGCCUUACCGACAUAAUCAAUGCAGCACGAGAGCGCGAGAUUGAACUAAAAAGGCAAGUUGAAAGAGGUGAGAGAAGGGCCUUGGAUGAAAACCCGAGUCCCACAAAGAAGUCAAAUGUAGCUGAAUCUUCGAAGAAAAGAAAUGCAAAAGGAGGUUCUCCGAGUUGCAAAAUAUGUGGACGCGCUCAUAAAGGUGAAUGUUACUUUAAGAACAAACCUUGCGUUGCAUGCGGCAAGACGGGGCAUGGGGUUUUAAACUGCCCAGACAAAGUGAUGGUGUGCUAUAAGUGUUAUCAGUCGGGUCAUAAAAAGUCAGAAUGUCCGGAACUAACGGGAAAGAAAGGGAGUGCUGACUCCAAGAAUGAAACCCCAAAAGCUAAGGCAAGGUCGUUCCAAAUCACCGCUGCUGAAGCAAAGAUGGAACCAGAUGUGGUUACAUGUAUAUUUACUGUAAAUUCUGUCCUUGCACGUGUUUUGUUUGAUACAAGUGCGAAUAAGUCUUUUGUUUCUCAUAGAUUUAUUCAAAACCCUUUGUUUACAUUAACUAAAUUGCCUAUGCCAAUGGAAGUAGAAGUAGGUAAUAACAAAAGUUUCAUUGUUUGUGAUAUAUGUCGGGAAUGCAAACUGGACAUCGAUGGCGAGGAAUACUCCAUUGAUCUAAUACCAUGUCCAUGGGUGAAUUUCAAGUGGUAG